GUUUGCCGGAGGGCAUGGAGCUGGGCCUUACAGGAGAGACAGUAGCUCACGUGCCAUGAAGGGGGCGAGGGAAUUGUGGCAGAGGAAGCAACAGGUGCUGAGCCGGGGGACACCCAGCAUAUUUGGGAAGGCGGGCCUGCCCUUCCUCAUCAUUGAGACGAGCACCAUCAAGCCUUACCAUCGAGGGUUUUACUGCAAUGACGAGAGCAUCAAGUAUCCCCUGAAAACUGGAGAGACGAUAAAUGAUGCUGUGCUCUGCGCUGUGGGGAUUGUCAUCGCCAUCCUUGCGAUCAUCACAGGGGAAUUCUACCGGAUCUAUUACCUGAAGGAGAAGUCCCGGUCGACCGUGCAGAAUCCCUAUGUUGCAGCGCUCUAUAAGCAAGUGGGUUGCUUCCUCUUCGGCUGUGCCAUCAGCCAGUCCUUCACAGACAUUGCCAAAGUCUCCAUAGGGCGCCUGCGUCCUCACUUCUUGAGCGUCUGCAACCCUGAUUUCAGCCAGAUCAACUGCUCCGAGGGCUACAUCCAAAACUACAAAUGCAGAGGUGACGACAGCAAGGUCCAGGAAGCCAGGAAGUCCUUCUUCUCUGGCCAUGCCUCCUUCUCCAUGUACACGAUGCUGUAUUUGGUGCUGUACCUGCAGGCCCGCUUCACUUGGCGAGGUGCCCGCCUGCUCCGGCCCCUCCUGCAGUUCACUCUCAUCAUGAUGGCCUUCUACACAGGACUGUCUCGUGUCUCUGACCACAAGCACCAUCCCAGCGAUGUCCUGGCAGGAUUUGCUCAAGGCGCCCUGGUGGCCUGCUGCAUAGUUUUCUUCGUGUCCGACCUCUUCAAGACCAAGACGACACUCUCCCUGCCUGCCCCUGCUAUCAGGAAGGAAAUCCUUUCACCUGUGGACAUUAUUGACAGAAACAAUCACCACAACAUGGUGUAGAUCCACGUGCCUCCUGAGCUGUUUUUGUAAAAUGACUGCUGACAGCAAGUCCUUGCUGCUCUCCAAUCUCAUCAGACAGUAGAAUGUAGGGGAAAACUUUUUGCCCGACUGAUCUAAAAAAGGAAAAAAAAAAGUCUUACUCUGUGGCCUUCCAAAACAGGUAGCGUUCACCUAUCAGGAAACAACAGCAGCCUAACACCAAGUGCCGGAAUCCUGGAUGUGCAGUUAAUUUAAAAUGUUCAUGUUCUAGUGAACACGGCUUGUUCUGGAACAAACACUAAAACGAUUUCAGUAGGGUCUGCCGGUCACUUUUGUGACCUGGGAAUCCCAGGCCUGUAAGAGAAACUCAAAUUCACAUUUUAGCACACGAUGCCAGAAAUAGCACUGAAUCAAGGAAAUAGCCGUCGAGGGGCUCCCCUCUUGUGUCUCUCUGUCCACACCACUCCAGUUUCCACUGUAACUUUGGUUCAGGAAGUUUCUUGGGUUUUUUUCUUUGUACAUGGAAGCACAGAGCUCAGUCAAGUGAUUAGAUCCUUGAAUCCAAAUGCCCCAUCCUAAGGCCUUAUCACUCACUUCCCUGGCCCAUAGGCCCGCAGCCACGAUCCCUCACUUUGGUGACUAGGAGACUCUGUGGAUAAGUCAAUUUCACAAAUAGCACAAUUUCAGAAGAGAUGGAGGGUACAGGCCCUCAUUUGUCUUCUUUUGACGCAUCAUCCUGUGAUGUUGAAACGUCAGUUGCAGGAUGCUGAUGCUGUGCACAUCAAUCACCGGGCACUCGCACGCUCUUGGUAAUGGUUAGCUUCCGUUACUGCUUUCUCUCUUGAGAUCCUUGCUGUGUGCUCACCGGGAUUUCUUGUGAGGGUCUGGAGACGAGCAAAGGCCUGAUCUGCUACUGGCUGAGGGACAGCAGCCUUCGUGCAAGAGAUGGGGGAGUGAAAGGGGCAAGAAUGAAAAUUGAGCCAAGCUGUUGGCUACAAAAGUCAGAAUGAGCCAGAGUAGCAGACAGUCUCACGCCUGAGAGGCUGCCCUUCUAGAUAACGGAGCUGGCGAGGGUCUCUGUGGGAGUCACUCUUGCUAAGCUGUGUGAAGCACUAUUGUCUUGGGGUUGAUCUCUAGGGCAGUUCUUGGUAGGUUCUGCUGGGCAGAACACGUGGGUCACAUCUCCGUGAAGAGCGUUCCUCAUCCUCUGUGCGUAAGUGUCCUUCCAAGCAAGGUCUCACUCUAGGCAGUAGACAGGGACUCCUUCUACUGAACCUUUGAGGAAAGGAGGAAGAAAUGCUUUCAGAUCUUGGAUGCAAACCCUUCAAAGGGCUAAAUGUAACCACAUGGGUCAACCACAUGCACAUCCUUACUACAGAAGCCGUCCUGUCAUUUCAACUUAUAGCAAGCUAUGAUUUUUAUAUAUAAAUAUUAUAUAAAUAAUGUAUAAAACAUUAAAAGUUAACUAUGUAAAAUAUUAUUUCUGAAACAAUUUUAGCUAUAUCCACUAUGAUUAUAAACUGUGUCUCGACCUGUGUUAUUUACAUUAGCUGCUUAAAAAAGCAUCGAGUUAAUUUUUUUUAAUAUCGACUAAAAUAUCGUAGUUCUGUGGUAGACAUUGUUUUACAAUGAAAGAAAUAACUGCAACUAGAGAAAAGUAUAUAAAAACAUUAAAUCGUCAGUAUUUUUGUAAGGUUCCAUUUUGUAAAGAUAAUAAUAUUCAAAGACUUUUGUAGAAUACAAAGUGAAAACUUGUAUCUGCGAAACUAUACUUGUAUUAAAUGUGCUUUUUAAAUAAAAGCUCAUAACACAACUAA